ACUCUUCUAAAGGCUUCGGGAAGAACGGCCUGGCCAGCGCUUCUCGAAAAUGGAUUCUACAUCUCUGUUACCGACGUCUUUAAACAUGAAUCUGACAAUAUCACAUGUAGAAUGUCUUCCCAAGGACAUUCUGGUGAAAUUUCAAGGCAGAAAUCAUAUCGAAUGUGAGUUUGACUACCACAUAUUACAGAGAGAAAUGCAGCAUAUUCCAAAAGUAAAAAAUAAUGUGGACAUUGAUGAAUUUUGUUUGGUUGAAGAAAGAGUAUCUGGAGAAUGGCAGAGAGGAAGAGUCAUGGAAAAGAAAGAUGAACUCUAUACAGUAUUCCUCAUAGAUCAUGGAGAAGAACUAAGAGUUGAUGGUACACAGGUUGCUUCAGCCUGUGGCAACUUAUUUGAGCUACCACCAAGGGUAAUAGUUGGUAUUUUUGCCAACAUACUACCAACUGGGGAAAGAUGGCCUCCUAAGGCUUUGAAUUAUUUCAAGUCAUUAGUAGGACUACAAGUGAAAGGUUGUGUGCAAGCUGUUUUGCCUCUUCAAACGAUUCUUCUUGAAGUGCCAAAAAUUAUAUCCGAGGUUCUUGAAUUACAAUUAGGCAGACUUAUUGAUGGGGAUUCAUUUCGCCUUAUUGUGGAAAUGUUAAAAGAAUUCCCACAGGAAAUGCCAGAUUUACUGAAACAUAAAAGACCUGACUUAUCAUUAAGUAAUAAUGAUACUUCACUUGAUAUUCAACACAUUCUGGCUAAUUUGCAGCCAUCUUUGUCAGUGGGCAGGGUUGAAAGUAUAAAGGUAUCCUCUGCAUUGAGCCCAAGUAAAUUUUAUUGUCAACUAAUUAAAUGGAUUCCAGAGUUAGAAAACUUAACAGUGUGUAUGACUUUGCAUUAUGAUACUGUCAGUCAAGAAAGUAGUCCCGCAUGUGAUAACUUUGGACUACUUUGUGUUGCCAAAAGGAGAAAUGGACAGUGGCAUAGAGGAAUUCUUCAGCAGCUCUUGCCCAAUAAUCAAGUGAAAAUUUGGUUCAUGGAUUAUGGCAGUAGUGAGGCUAUACCCUCAAUCCAUGUGAAGAAACUUAAACAGGAUUUUAUUUUAGUACCGUUGUUUUCGUUUCCAUGUUCUCUGACCUAUUUACACAGUCCAGAUGGAGAUGCCAGAAAAUCUCAACUGCGUGUUCUUAAACAAGCUUUGUUAGGACAAACAGUAUAUGCACACAUUGAUUGUUUCAAUAAGGAUGAACAUUUGUAUUAUGUAACGCUACAAACUCAGGAGUCUACAAUUAAUUCUAAGUGUCUGCUGAAGACUGUAGGCACACAAGUACUCUGUCCAGUGUCUGAAUCAAAGAUCUCUAAUAUGUUUAAGGAGACUAGUGCUUCUGAUGUAAACAGUGUGGUUGACUCUUUUACUGGAAAUACAGAACCAUCAAUAAGCUCUUCAAAUAAAAACACUUUGAAAAUAGGUUUUCCUAUUAAAACUGUAAACAUGGAGAUAGAAGCUGCCUAUGUAGCUUUUGUGGCCUAUGUAUUAAACCCAUCAAAUUUCUGGGUACGCACUAAUGAACAUCAGAAUGAACUUCAAGAUCUAAUGAAAAAUAUAAACAAAUCUUAUGAUUCGUGUGAAAAUGACGAACUGAUUCUAAGAAAUCCAGAACCUGGAUUAUUUUGUUGUGCGAGAUAUAGCAGAGACCGACAUUUUUAUAGAGCUGUCAUCACUGAAAUUAAUGGUUACAAGAUUAAUGUUUAUUUUUUAGAUUAUGGAAAUACUGAUUCCAUACCAUUUUUUGAUGUAAAAAUUUUGCUUCCAGAGUUUUGUGAGUUGCCUGCCUUAGCUAUGUGCUGUUCACUUGCACAUAUAUUUCCUGUUGAAGACUUAUGGGUGAAGGCAGCAACUGACUAUUUUAAAAAAAUAGUCUUGAACAAAGCAAUUUUGCUUCAAGUUACAGCAAAAAAAGAUGACAAGUACAUUGUAAAUAUUCAGAGUAUUGAAGCCUCAGAAAAUACUGAUGUUGUCUCUCUUAUGUUACAAGCUGGAUAUGCAGAAUAUUGGGAAGUAGAACCACAAUAUUGUCCCAAAUCUGUAAGUGAAUAUUCAGUGUUAAAUUUAAAACCUAAAAACAAAGUUAAUAUUAAAGUCCUAUCUGCCCUUCUUGAAGGAGCCAAACCUAAAAAAUACCAUUCAAAUAAGCUAAAAGAAAGGACCUUGUCUUUUUUAAAAUCCCCCGCUGUUAAUUUCUCAGAUUUAAAAAAUCCUUUCACCUUGUCUGUGGGACCGGAGUUGCUACAACCUUAUAAAGAAUACAUGUUUAAACCAGGAACAGUGCUUGAAGUCAAGUGUUCUUCUUAUUAUGGCCCAGGUGACUUUUCAUGCCAGCUUCAAUGUAAGUUAGAGGACUUAAAAUUGCUAAUGGAACAAAUUCAGGAUUACUAUAGCGUUCAUUCUGAUCCUUAUCAAAUUGGGCAGAUUGCUUGUGUUGCUAAGUAUUCCAAAGAUGGGAAGUGGUAUAGAGCUGCUAUUUUGACUCAAGUAUCAAGAAAAGAAUUUGACGUGGUAUUUGUUGAUUAUGGUUACCAAGAAAGGGUUUUAGUUAAAGAUAUUUGUGCCAUUAACCCACGUUUCCUUUUUUUAGAAGGCCAAGCCUUCAGAUGUAGUCUUAACCAUUUAGUUGAACCCAUCAGUUGUAAAUUCAGUUGGACAAGAGAAGCAUGCAGAGACUUUGGGAAUUUUAUUUCUUCAUCUAGAGGAUUAUUGACUUGUGUCAUUUAUGCCCUAGUUCUUAUAUAUCCAAACUGUUUAUGUAACUUAGUGGAUUUACAAUCUCCACUUACUAGUACAAAAGAAUUUAUUAAUCAUGGCUCAGCACAGUAUAAUACAUUAUCAAGGCCGUUUCCAUCUUCAGUUAGUCUUUACAGUUACUAUUAUUCUUCCUUUAACAUAAAAAUUGGAAGUGAGGAAGAAAUAUACAUUUCUCACAUCUAUAGUCCUAAAAAGUUUUAUUGCCAACUCAGUAGAAAUAAUAAAGACCUAGAGAUGAUAGAAACAAAAAUCACAGAGAUUAGUAACCUCAAAAAUUAUCCAAAAUAUGAUCCUAGUAAAAUGAGACUGUGCUUAUCUAAGUAUGUAGAAGAUGGUCUCUCUUACCGAGCUUUAGCAACGCCAACAGCCUCAUUAACUGACUUUCUGGUCUAUUUUGUAGACUUCGGAAAUAAGCAGUUAGUAGAAGAAAGUACAUUGAGGGCUAUCUCAGAUCAGUUUCCAGAGUUGCUGUUUACACCUAUGCAAGCUAUUAAGUGCUUUUUGUCAGAUUUUAGAGAUGUAGAUAUUCCAGUAGAAAUCUGUAGCUGGUUUGAAGAUAAUUUCUUGGGAAAACCAUUAAGGGCAAUAAUAUUGACCAGGGAGUCAGAUGGCCAGCUUGGUGUAGAAUUAUAUGAUGGAUGUCAACAUAUAAAUCAGGAAAUUAAAAUGUUGCUUCAUGCUUAUGGAAAAAAACACUGUGACCAAGCACACUAUGUGGAAAAGGGUCCUAAAGUGAGUGAGAAUAAGCGACUUGCUGUUUCUUUGAAAGGCAAAAUAGAAAAAAAACAUCACCAUAAUGUGAUAAAUAAAACUAAGCUAGUAACAUACUCUGAAAGUAAAAUAGAUCAGUUAACAAAUCCGGGAAGUACAUAUGCCAAGCUUUUGAAACCAUCAGUUUGUUAUAAAAUUGAGCCUGCCUCAAAAAACAGAGUGAAAUCUUUGAAUGAUGGACUAAAAAAUAAAGGUGUAAAAAGUGUCUCUGGAUUUGAUGAAAAUGAUGUGGGCUGCAAAUCAACAAGGGUUAUAUCGCAGUCUUUUAUCCAAGAACUAAACCAAGCAGCUUCUCAAAACCUAUCUACUCUUACUAGACCACAGAUCAAAGAUCUUCCUCAACCCCAGAUUUACUUGAAUGCCAAAGUUAAAGGAUAUGUUUCUAAUAUCAGUAAUCCAGCAAGCUUCCAUAUCCAGCUUGCGGAGAAUGAAAAUGCAAUCCUCAGACUUGCAGAUGCUCUAAAUGAAAAAAGAUUGAAUAUAGUGAAAGAGAGAAAGUCCACGAAGCCUAUGGUCGGAGACCUAGUAGUUGCAGAAUACUCUGGUGACCAUGCCAUUUACAGAGCCGUUAUUAAGAAAAUUUUGCCAGGAAAUUCUUUUGAAGUGGAGUUUAUUGACUAUGGUAACACUGCGGUAAUAAGCACCUCCAAAAUUUAUGAAUUUCAGAGGGAAUUCUUAACCAUCCCUCAGCUAGGAAUCCAUUCUUUUCUCAGUGGGGUCAAGUGGCAUGAGCCUGAUGAAAUAUGGGACAGUAAAACUGUGGAUUAUUUUAUGUCAAGAGUGAGUAACAAAACCGUUUCUUGUGAAUUUCUGAAGCAGCAUGAGCAGAAAUGGGAGGUCAAUAUAAUCUGUGAUGGAACAUGUAUCAUUAAUGAACUAAUGAAAUGGACAGCCUGUUCAAAACUACAGAAGACUGUACUGCAGUUGCCUACAGCUGUCACUCAAAAGGUGAGCUCUCGGGAGGAUAACAAAAGGAAAAAAGAGUCAAAGGAGUGCGAAGGUUCUGGGACCCUUCAACCAUCUUGCCAACAGCUGGUUAAGAUUCCUUUUGAAGAGUUAAUACCUGGACAACUUGAAAAGUCUGAGAUACUUUAUGUCUCAAAAAGUGGGACAUUUUAUGUGAAGUUAUCCAAAAAUAAAAAAAUCUUAUCAGAUUUAACAGUAUUCAUCAAUAAAGAAGUAAAAAAACCCUCUUUAUCGGUGGAAAAUAUUGAAAAAGGUUUAGAGUGCUUGGCAAAAUCUAAAAAAACCUUGAAAUGGUAUAGAUCAGAAGUAGCAAAGAAAUGUGUUGAUAAAGUGCUUGUUUUUUUAGUAGAUCGUGGUAGGUAUGAAAUAGUACCUUUAGGGAAUAUCAGGCUUCUCAGUAAGGAGAUUAGAAAUAUUCCAAGACAAGUUGUGCCUUGUAAGUGGAUUUGGUUUGAAAAUUUUAGAAACCGGUCAUUUGAGUCCAUUGUGUCUUUAUUUGCUCACUUGGAAAUAAGUAUUCUUUUCUUGAAAUACUUAAACUCUGUGUGGAAAGUCGACAUUUUGGUAGAUGGCCUGCUACUUUUAGAAUACUUAAACUUAAAUACAGUUCAUGCUGAAAACAAACUUAAAUCUUCAGAAGCUAUUUUUAAUUUGACUCCUGUGUUGUCCUGUACAAUGAGAUCAUAUACUUGGGCCCAACUCCAAAACGGAAAGCGGUAUUCAGGUAUUGCCACUGCGGUUUGUGAUCCAUCAGAUUUCUGUGUUCAGUUAGAAGAUUUCUUUGACACAAUGAAAUCGCUCUUUGUGUUGCUUUCUGAUCUACCAGAAAACUUGCAAACAGUGCCUCUAGAGUGCAUAACUCCUGGUGCUAGUUGUUUGUUCAAAUACAAUUUGGAAGAUCAGUGGAAUAGAGUAGAAAUCUCUGAAGUCUCUAGUCAGUCCCUAUUACUUGUGUUGAUCGACUAUGGAUUUUCUGUCUGCAUACCUUAUUCAGAUAUAAAAAAUCUGAAAGUUGUUCCUGUUGAACUUUUGGAUAUACCAAGGUUAAGUUAUCCUUGUAUCUUAUAUGGUAUCUUACCUGCUAAAGAGCAACACUGGGAUGAAGAAGUGAAAAGUUUCUUUCAAAACUUCCUAAGUAAACCAGGCUUAGUUUUUCAGUUUAGGAAGCAUAAUUUUGAAACAAAACUGACAGUAGAUGUCCUUCAUAAGAAAAAUAACUUGGCAGAUUUGUUAGUUGCAUCUGGUCUUGCAGUAUAUUCUAAAGAUUCAGACCCUUUUAAUGAUGGAAGUACUACUACUGGACCUACUAAAGUCCAAUAUCCGUUACAGAGUAAGCCUGUUCUCCCACUGUUAGAUGAAAAUUGUUACCAAAGAGAAAAUAUAAGUCGUACAUGCACUGAGAAACAAAAGCUGAAAGAGAAAACUGUAAAGAAGAAAGAGGUCUGUAAGAACCUCUUAAGGAAAAGCCGUAUCAGUAAAAGAUUACAUUCCAAAAACGUAGCUCUGAGGAAGAAGGCUGACUUUGGAAAACAUAAUCCCCAAAGUACUGCUAUGUUUGAUACGUGUUCAGCAGCUUCAUUUUGGGAACUACCUAAUGGUUUAAAGACCAACACCAACUGCAUUGAAAACAUUUUUGAAAAAGUACCAACUGAAGAAAUACAGGAAAAGAACACAAUGGAUUUGAGAAUAACAGUAAAAGCAUUGCAUGCUAAUGAAAAAAUAGUAUCAGAGGAAUACUUAAAUGUGCAGGGAGAUGAAAGCUCAGAUCCUUUAUGCAUCAGUUUGGCAACAAAUAAUAUAUAGGAUACCCAGUAAUUACUGUUUUGUUUUAGAUGCUCCAAAUAUAUAAUAAAAGUGGUCUUCAGAUCAAGAGGAACUGUACUUGAGGAAAAGACUA